UAUUUCCAUUUUCUUGUCACAGUUUGUCUGCACCAUUGUUUUGGUAAUUUCACUUCAGUAAAAUAUCUGAAUACUUCCUCUAACACCGAUUACCACAAGCAUCAAGUGACACAGUCACUUUCCAAGUAAUUCUGUAUUUAUUUCUGUUGGACGGCUGCAAAACCCACCAACAAAAUGUCCCUGCUGGUGAUCAAUAAAGGUGUGUUUUAUCUUAAUUUAAUUGAGUACAUGCUGACAUCUGGGUCUUUAAGCUUAGAUCCCAGGCAUGUUUGCAAAAUGUGUGAAUUUCAAAGUUUCAGGUGAUUGUUUUUGUUUGACGUGCUGUUUCUCAGCGAUGGCCGUCAUGGUUUCCUGUACUUGGUAAGGAUGUGGUCGACUGCUUUUGAAAAACCUGAAAGAGGAAGACUCACAACACGAACAAAGGAUGGAGAUCGCAUCACUCUCCCUAAUGCUCUCCGCCUCGCUGAUUGUCACUCCCAACAGAUCUCAGUUCUUCCAGUAUGAAGAAAUUUCUCUGAGGUGUGCUGCCAACUCCAGCGGCUGGACGGUGAAAAGAAACAUCUCCGCUAGGACUUCUCAGGCAUGUAUGUUUGGCUGGGGGAUCCCAGGCCAGUCGUCCUGCACCGUUGAGUCUGCCUUCCCAUCCGACACCGGAGUGUACUGGUGUGAGUCUCCGCAGGGAGAGCGCAGCAACACCGUCGGCAUCAACGUGACAGAAGGUGUUGUGAUCCUGGAGAGUCCUGCACUUCCUGUGACGGAGGGAGACAAAGUGACGCUCCGCUGCUCCUACAGAGAGAAAGACAAACAGGAAUCAACAUCCGACUUCUCCGCUGCGUUCUUCAAAAACGACGUGUUCAUCGGCUCCGAGCCUGCAGGAGAGAUGAUCCUCCCAGCGGUGUCCAAAACUGACAAAGGCUUCUACAAGUGUAAACACCCAACCAAGGGAGAGUCCCCGCAGAGCUGGCUGGCUGUGAGAGCUCAGCCUGCAAGUGCUUCUCCUCCUCCUCCUCCUUCUCCUCCUUCUCCUCCUUGGAUGAUGCCUCUGCCCCGGCUGCUCUGCUCCAUCCUGCUCUUCCUCUUCUACACAGCCAUCCUCAUACUGGGUAUCUUCAAGUACUGGAAGUGGGCUCGAGCUCGAGCCGACAGAAAGAGGAGAGUUUCUGAUCGUCGCACGCUGGAAUAACGAGUUCUAUUUCCUGCUCGGUAACAGACGAAAAAGAAGAUGAAGUGCAGUUUGUAUCUGACAUUAUACAGCCUGUUUAUAAGCUGACCAAUAUCUCUGGAGAUAAGACUAUAGGCUUUAUUUCUUAUUAUCCAUCCUAUGUUUAUCAUAAAGUAUUAUCUCAUUUUUUUAUAAACUAGUAAUUUGAUGCUUCCAUGAAAAUCAACAUGUUUCAUAUCAAACUGUUGAUAAGUAUGACGUUCUGAAUGUUACUUGUUUGUUUAAAUUGUCUUUCAAUAAAGAGUGUUUAUGGCUGAUGUUUUUACGGACAGGAAGGGCAGAGAAGCUGGCGUCCAAUCAAACCAGAGUUGGAAAAAACUGGGUUGGAUUUAUCCCAACUUGGGUUGAUGGUACAACCCAACAUAACCCGUCAAAUAUGGACCCGUUAUGUUGUCCCUUUGCCUGUCGUUUUCUGGACACUGUUGCCUGUAAGUUUUAUUAGUGCUUUCAUAAAACCAUUGAACUUUACUCACCUGAGUCGUGCAGUCGUGGGGCCAUCUCCUGGUGUGCUUGUCAGUGUUGGGUUGUACCAUCAACCCAAGUUGGGUUAAAUUCAACGCAGAUUUUUUGAUGUGUAAACCAGGGAAUUUUUUUUAUGAACGCUCUUUAUUAAGCUACAACAUAAAACAAACAAAUACAGACGUUAAUAAUUGACAAGGCAACUUCUCAUCUCAAUACAUUUUUAUAAGCAUUGACCGCUCAACAUACGCAGCUUUGAAUCUUCAUGUAAUUUAACUGCAGGUAUACUUUUUUUUUCUUUUUAGCUACACAGCAAUUCAGAGACUCAUUCAAAUAUGUAUAGUCAAAUAGAAGUACCUUAAAGCAUGGUUUAGAUUUUUGGAGGAUUUAUGAAUAUAUUUACCUAAUAUUAACACAAGGUUAAUACUUGUUUUGUUUUUUUUUGUAGUCAAAACCAGUGACAACACUCUUACAGUCUUCUUCAACAUGGAUCUUGGUUUUGCAUAGUAUAAAUUCUUCCAAGUUUGAUCAAAGCCUUGUGGAAUAAUAGCAGCAAUAAAAUAAUAGAUGUACCGAUGUUUCAGUG